GGAGAAGGAGGAGGAGGAGGAGGAGGAGUGCAGGCUGCUGGGACGGACGACUACAGACACAGAGGACGCAGCUGUCACACGCUGCUGGGUCUGAAAGUUCUGGUUCGCCGCUAGAGCGCACCGUCGGUACUGGACACGAGCACGUUCAGUUGCUGGAGUAACCUUACCAGUUGCUGGGAGACGGUAGUUAAGGGCAACUCAAAAUAAGUGCAGCAUAUCUUUUUUUUGUCAAGAACUUAAAACCUUCGCAAGAGAAUUACAAGGAAAUUUAAUUUCUUUGAGCUGAAGAAGGACAACGAGGAACAAAUCAGCAUGGUUACCACAAAGGGAGCGGGUUUGAACCCUAAUGCCAAAGUUUGGCAAGAGAUCCCUGCCCAACAGAAUGACAUCCCAGGAGGAACAGAGGAUUCUCCGUGGCUGCAGUCGUACCCUCAUACUGCUGAGAUACAUGAUGGUUACUCAGACAGUCCCUCUUCAGGAGGUAAAGGAUACGACACAGAGUACCUGGACAGCACUGCUGACACUGUACCUUUACCCAUUGGCAUUGUGAAUGAAAUGGAGCAGCCUGAUUUGGGUUACUUAGUUUUUGACUCCCAUUGUGAAGCUACCAUUGAUAAUAACAUGUCCAAGGAAGAACCAGUGUCUGAAGAGACUCUGAGGGAAGCUUUAAAGAAACGACUUGAGUUCUGCUUUUCAAGAGAGAACCUAUCUAAGGACCUUUACCUGAUAUCCCAGAUGGACAGUGAUCAGUUUGUGCCUAUCUGGACUAUUGCGUGCAUGGAGGACAUCAAAGCCCUUACAACUGACAUGGACCUCAUUCUGGACGUACUGCGAGCUUCCCCCAUGGUGCAAGUUGAUACAACUGGUGAGAAGGUUCGGCCAAACCACAGUCGCUGCAUUAUUAUUCUCAGAGAAGUGGCUGAGACUACCCCAGUUGAGGAAGUCGAGGCUCUUUUUAAGAGUGAAAACUGUCCAAAAGUAUUGAGUGUGGAGUUUGCACACAACAGCAACUGGUAUAUAACAUUUCAGUCAGAUAUGGAUGCACUACAGGCUUACAGAUACUUGAGAGAGGAGGUCAAAAUGUUCCAGGGGAAACCAAUCAUGGCCCGCAUUAAGGCCAUUAACACGUUCUUUGGAAAGAAUAGCUUCCGUAGCAUGGAUUCAAGUGUCUACUCGAGUCAGCCUGCCCAGUCACAGUCCCAGUCCCAGUAUGGCUCUCCAGUCUACAUGCAGCAGAUGUUCAACCCUCAACAGCAGUAUCCAGUUUAUCCUGUAGUGUCUCCCUCCUGGAACACUUCAGUUAUGCCAUACUUUGAAACACCACUGGCGCCUUUCCCUAACUCUGCCUACAUGAAUGGCUACAGCACUCCCGGUAACUACAAAGCAAACUCAAACUUGAUCAACCCUCUGCGCCCUAGUAGCAGGAACCGAAAUCAUGUUAAGGGACACCCAAGGUCUGGUGGUGAUGUCCCUUCCACUUUGGCCCAAGGCCCUCUGUUGGAUUCCACAUCCGGUCCCUUGAGUCCUCAGGCUCUCCAAAUGUCUGGGACACCGACUGGCACCACACCACAGUCUCUCGCCUCCUUCAACCUUAAAGACACUUCUCCAGUAGCCACCACACCCAGUGGGGAUCUGAGUGGGGUUGGACGAGGAAGGAGAGUCAGCCAGAGAGGCAUGAGGAGAAAAAGAGAAGAUGAACACACCACGCAGAGGCCUGUCCCAGUGAUGGAGGCCAAGGCACCACCUCCUAAGUUUGACCUCGCUGCAUCCAAUUUUCCUCCUUUGCCGGGAUCUGUGGUCAGUAUGCAGGAAGAAAGCACAGCAGAGUUGCGCCUUUCUGACGUAGUGCGUGGCCUAAAGGUGACCACCAAGCCUGUGAGCCAAGACGUUAAUGCAAACAUCUUGGAAAGUCCUGAAAGCAAACUAAAUCCUGUGACUACGACUGCUAAACCUGCUGCGUCGUUCGUGCUACAAGUGGUGACUCCAGCAGUUUCAAGUGAUUGUCCUCCAAUAAAGGAAGGAGAUAAAAAUGAACCUUCUGUGCCAAAGGACAUAAUCCCAUCCACACAACCUGUUUCUCCAACAACUUCAGAACACGCCCCCUCCACCUGCGGCCAGACUGUUCCUACAUUGUCUCCCUCUUUGUCUCCCCCUUCUCCUACAUCUGAACCAGGCCUAAGAAAGCUCAGCUAUGCAGAAGUGUGCCAAAAGCUGGCUAAGGACCCACCGCCAGCACCGGCCCCCUCUGCCUCCCCUCCUGCCUCUUCAGACAGCCAACCACUGCAAGAGCUCAAGGUCAACAGGGUUGAGGAGCCUCGGCCCAACUCCAAGCGCACUGCAGACAAAACGGAGAAACCUGGAGAUAAACGGCCUCCUCGGCAACCAUUACGCCCCUUUAGAGGGGCAACUGGCCAAGCUAGAGCUGGAGGUGCAGGGCUGAAGAUUCGGGAGCAGCAGAGAGGCCUGAAUAGUGGCAAACGGUUUUCCCCACAGCGGGGAGCCAGGCGCAGCGGAAAGGAACAGAACAUUCCCCCAAGAUCCCCUAAAUAAUUUAAGACAAGAUAUAUAUGUAAAUAUAUAAUAUAUGUAAAUAGACAGAUGAAUAUAUUUCAUUUGACAAAGAGUCUCUUCACUUUGUUGCAGACUUGAAAUUAUUUGGACAGGCUGUAUGUAGAUAUUCUUUUUAGGAAAAGACAUACAGUCUGCAGACAGAAUUGCAGACAUAUGUUUAAGCAAACAUACUCUGCUUAAAGUAAUAUCAGUGUGAUAUUAAGGGAUACCCCAUAACCUACAAAGUAGAAAAAUCCACAUUUAAUGUUUUUUUUUUCUCAGUAGCUGUUGGCAUGAGAUACGUGUGAAGCUUUUUAUCAAGGUUGUUUUGCGUGAAAAUCGAGAGUUUGUGAUAAUAGAAAUGGAACACAUUGAGUCCAAUGCAGCAUAGGAAGAGUAAAAAAUAAUUACUUUUGGAUGUUAGGAAUGUAGCGUUUGAGAAGAUUUGGGGAAUACUGUCCUGUGUUCUUUUGGUAUUAGUCGUAUUUGGCAGUGGUUGACUUGGUGACGUAAAUAGAUCAGUACUGCCAACAUGUUUGCCAAAUAACCUACUAUUACUCAUAGUUAUUGGACAUAAACACGAUCAAAAAGAUUGUCUCUAUGUGUUAUCAUAUUAUGAUGAUGCCUGUUUCACAGGGCAAGAUUAAUAGGUUUGCUAACUUUGGUUUUAAUUCAGACUUUGGUGUCACAGAACUACUUAGCUGCAAUUAUUAACUAAUUCACCGUGGUAAAUUGUGGUGCACGGUUUAUGUAUUCCAGAGUAGAUUAUCUUUAUCCCUCUAGUGAUGGGUACUGUUGAUAAUUGUGUGUUUACUGACGAUCAUAUUCCCAUUGUUACUUUUUGUGUCUUGAGUUAUUUUAAAGAGUAAUUUGUCUUGUCUCUUAUCAGAGCCCAGUGUCAACUCUCAGUUUACUUUGACUUUGGGGAAACAGAAACCAUGAGAUACCUUCCCCUUCUGUGAGAGUCUUAUUUUUUUGACUCACACAAGUAAAUCAGAAAACUCUGCUUUAGGGAGGAAAGAAGGAAGAUAAGCCCACAGAUGCAACUCUGUGAAAUGACAUUUGUUUUCAUUAAUGGACAAAGCAGAAAGGAAUUUCUUAUAAGAGUUAUUUUGAAGGAGGAGAACAACUUUUUGUUUCUUAUUCUGAGUCUGUUGUUGGUGUAACUUCAUUGCUUAGUCCUCCAUCUCUUUAACAAAUAUCUGUCCCAUAUGCACAGGCUUAUUGCAGCAAAUAACUGAAAGUCACUUGCUCUUGUGAAUGAACUUCACUAAAGUAUAAUAGGGAUGCAUGAUAGCUAGUUCUGUAUUCAGAAUGAUCUGUCUGUUCUUCAUUGGCUGGAUGAUCUGCUGGACCUAGAGCACAAAUGGACUUCUCAGCAAAAAAAGCUAAAGGCUAAAAGCUUUGGUUGAUUUAAUGACAUUGAUUUCUUACAUCUGAUUUUAUGGGGCACAAAAUAUUUAAAGUGAAUGUUGUUUGUUAAGCUAAAACCACUUUUUUGAGUUUCUUUGUUUCUUAUUGUGUACAUGUGGUACCUUUGUGUUGAGUGUGUGUGCAUGCGUGUAUAUACAGAUGUCGUCUUCAUCAUUUCUCUUUUUUUGUUUAUCAGUUGUCACAUUUUCUUCUCUCCAUGGUGGUAUCUUUUUGUGAUAUUUGUCAAUUGCUUGCUACAUUCAUCUGAGAAAAUAUGUUUGAUUAUUAACAGAGUUAUAAACAGAUCUGUACUGCAACUCUUGGCUCAACAAUUGGCACAACAAACCUGUUUGAAAUUUGUCUGAUUUCAAGGCUUAAUCAUUACACAAGGAACAUGAAUGCAUGAAAUGCUGCUCAGUUUGUGCUUAAUUUUUUUUUUUUUUUGUUAAAUCUAAAUAAUUUUAGGAAAUGACAAUGAGCAAAACAGGAGUGAAGAUGUGAAGUAGGUAAUCAGCAGUUAAGUUUUCAUUCACCAUUUUAACAGACGGAUUCUGCUUUUGUUUCAAAAUUUAUGGAAUUAUCUCAUCCCAAGCCUCCUGUGCCUUAAAUGCAUUUUAUUUGUGUAUAAGUUAUCCAAGAAUUUGGUGCACAUUUGUCACACUGAACAUCAUAAUGAGAUGGGAUCAUCAGAUUCAGUCCAGUGUAAAUUGUGAAAGUUCUAGCCCUAGGGCUGGAGCCGUUAGGAGUGGAGCUAAAUGUGUGUGCAUGCAUAAUGUGAGUCCAUUAUGUGUCUAUUAUACAUUUUAAUUUGAUUGCUUGUCAAUGCAAUUUCAAUGUUUCUAUCAAAAUCCUUUUUCUCACAGAGAAUCACAGAGUUGCAGUAGUUCACCCAAGUACACACUGGUUUAUCAAGUGAAUAUUUUAUUACUGAGCCUCAUGUAUGAAAAUAAAAAUAUAUUUUUUAAA